UUUUGAAGUAUUUACAUUUAUACCGUGACGUCAUUGUUGUGUUGCUGCUAUGCCACUGUUGCCGCGUCUGGAUCGGUUGAUGCUUGUGGCUCGUUGAGCGCUACGGUACACGUGAGAGGAGCCAAAUUUCCGGAAAAGCACCCGACGCUACGUUUUUGCGGAGGAAAGGAGGAGGACUGCUGCACACCGAGAUCGGUGAACCAUGCACCUCGACGAGGAGCUGCAGCACGCCUUGGCGCAGGUAGCCAAGAGGGAGGCUGCCGGUUACCAGAGCGCCUACUGUUGGACACCCGAGUGGGACCACCACCACCAGCAGCAGCAGCAGAACCAGUUACCGAUCUACGGGAACGAUUGCUGGAGCCACCAGGACGCGGAGCAGUACGGCAGACUGCCCUCGGUCGACGCCGCCUUUUCUCGCUUCUCGGGCGUCGGUGGCGGCCAACUUCCCGAGGACUUUGACUACUCGGGCGGCUACCAACCCACCCAGUACCAAGUGUCAGCCAACGACUUUGCGAGCAGCUUCUUCUCAUUCCCCUCCGAGUUCCAGCAGUCGCAGGUCAACAUCGAGGAGUCCCUUCGGGUGGUCGACGACUUUGACCUCAACCUCAUCAGAGGCGAUCCAACGACUUUGUCGAACGCCGACUCGUCGCAGGCGAUGGACAAUCGGCAGCAGAGCUCCGAUUACGGGGAGAUCGAGCCGGUCUACCCGGUCGGCCAUCUGGUCUCGACGCAGCCCUGCAGUCCACCGGUCACGUUCGGGAACGAGCUGCUCGACGGGAUAAAGAGCGAGCCCACGGCAAUGACCCUCGACGGUGGCAAUCAAAUCGUCCUGUCCAGGGACGAGGGUCUGGUGCUGGCUAGCGAGCAAAAUCGGUACUUUGAGGCGCGCGUCGAGCCACCCGAGAGGGACAAUCACGAGGAGUCUUACGGAAGCGCCCAGUCGGACGACGGCUCGGCACCGUCGUAUCCGUGUCUCUGGCUGGACUGCGGCUGUUCCUUCGGCGAGCAGACGAGCCUCGUCCAGCACAUCGAGAGGCGACACGUCGAAUCGUCGUCCACCUCGGGCCACGGGGGCAAUCGCCGGCUUCACAAACUCGACAAGGACAGGGACAAGAGCCGAGGGGAGCAACAGCCGCAUCAGCAACAGGAGCCCGAUUGCCAAUUUGCCUGCCUCUGGAAGGGCUGCUCCCGCGAUCGGCCCUUCAACGCGAGGUACAAGCUCCUGAUACACAUGCGCGUCCACAGCGGGGAAAAGCCCAACAAGUGCCCCUUCGCCGGUUGCAAAAAGGCCUUCUCGAGGCUGGAGAACCUCAAGAUACACCAGCGCUCGCACACGGGCGAGAGACCCUACGCCUGCCAGCACCGCGGCUGCACCAAGGCCUUCAGCAACAGCAGCGACCGCGCCAAGCACCAGAGAACCCACUACGACACGAAACCGUACGCGUGUCAAGUGGCGGGUUGCGGCAAGCGCUACACCGAUCCGUCCUCCCUGAGGAAGCACGCCAAGAACCACGCGGAUGUGACGAGCGGCCUUCCAGCGUCGGACGCCCGGUCGCACCCGUCCUCCUGCAAAGCCUCGGCGAACCGGAGGACCUCGAGCUCGUCCAGCGCCUCGUCGAUCCUCAACAACAAUGGUUACCGGCACCAGCCGGUGGGGCUUCAACAGGUCACGAGGCACGCCUCCGUCACGUCCGACUAUGGCUCGCAAAAGGACCAGCAGUCGAUCCACGACGGGUUCGACGACGCCGAGCUCAAGUCGUACCCGGUCUCGCCGAGGCUGGCCCGCGUCCCCAACAACCAGCUCGACGAGUACGUACCUUACGAGUCGGUCGCGCGCUUUCUCGUUGACGACAGGAGCAGCCAACACCACCUCGGCCUCGACAACAUCGGCUACACGGCUGACGAGGACAUCAGCGACCUCCACGACUUGGGGUCCGACAUUGAGUUUUUGGAGCUCAACAGCCUCGACGACUCGGUUUUCAUGGGAGAAUAACACCGAUGUGCAUUGCAACGUUGUGGUUGAACAUUUGUUGAAUCCACUCAAGACUGCUCCUGGAAAGUUUCCAUCAUUUUGCGAAACCAAAAAUGAUACUAUACGCGUAUCGCUCGU